UCGUCGUCGUCGUCGUCGUCGUCGUUGCUGAUCUCCUGUCCUGCCGACAGAAACGCCCUGGUCUGCAUCUCUUCCUUCAGACGGGGGCUCCGCUCUGCUUGCUCGACGCAUCGUUGCAGCGCUCGUCCGCCCUGGUCCUUUAUCGCUCGCGCUGGGAACCCAACAGCCCUCGCUGCCCGCCUCGUCUCGACGCCAUGCUGCCUGUUACUGGCCGGGCCUCCCGUCUGUUUUCUGCCGGACGACGGCGGCUGCUGCUCGCCGUCCUGGUCCUCGCUGCCAUCGCCGCUUUCCUCCGGAUGCGAUCGCAUUCGGGCCCAGUCUUUUCUCUGGAGGCAUCGCGCGCCGGUCUGGCCGAGGUUCUCGGCGAUGCCUAUUCGACUGUGCUGUUUCCGUCAUCCAACAGCCCGUCAGGCUCUCGCCAGAGGCAAGCAUCCGCCGGCACCAAAUCAUCGCAGCGGUAUAUGUGGCCGCCGUAUCUCGGUCCCGAUCGAGGCUUCAACGACACUGAAAAAAUGGCGUUUGUCCGCAAUAUGACCAAGCAUGCCUGGGACGGAUACAUGCUCUAUGCCGCCGGCAAAGACGAGCUGCGACCCCAAACAAAGUCAUUCAAGAAUUGGUAUGGCAACUACUCGCUCUUCUCCACCCCGGUCGAUGCCAUGGACACUCUCUACAUCAUGGGGCUGGCGGACGAGUUCCAGCAGGCCAAGGCGCUGUCGCUUCAGGGUCUCCGCUUCGACAUCCCUGUCUUUGUGAGCACCUUCGAAACCACCAUCCGCAUUCUGGGCGGUUUGCUCAGCAUCUACGAGCUCGAGGGCGACCCUGCCUUCCUGAAGAAGGCGAUGGAUCUCGCCGAUCGGCUGCUGCCGGCCUUCGACACCCCGUCGGGACUUCCGUUCAACAAGGUCCAUCUAAUCAGCGGCGAAGCGACAGACUCCCACGACGAAUUUUCCAUCUCGAACCUGGCCGAGGCGGGCACGCUCCAACUCGAGUUCCUUCAGCUCUCAGAUCUUACCGGCGACCGUCGCUAUGCAGACGCAGCACUGUUUGCAUGGGAACAACUGCAGAACGCGACUCGGCCAGUCGAAGGGCUAUUUCCUAUGAAUUACUACACUGAUACGCUGCGAUAUCAAGACGAAUACUACGGAAUCGCCGGCAUGAGCGAUUCUUUCUAUGAAUAUGCACUGAAGCUGUGGCUGUCGACCGGCCACGAAGUUUAUCGGGAUCGCUAUCUGGCCAUGGCGAGAGAUCUUACGGACCAGCUCCUUCGAGUCACACCGGAUAGCGAGCAAGUCUACAUCUCGAAUCAGAGACGCUGGGGCAACGAUUCGUCCCGCUGGUCAACAUCAAACAUGUUUGAGCACCUGUCGUGUUUUGCUGGUGGCAUGUUUGCGAUUGGGGCGCUCGCUCAUCGCAAGGGAAACUGGACCACCCAGCUCGAUGCCGGCCAGCGCAUCACCGAAACCUGCUACCGAGCCUACGAGAUGUCGCCGUCGGGUAUCGCCCCCGAUAGCGUCAACGCCGAGGAUCUCGAGAUGAGCAUGUCGAACGGAUACUAUCAACGGCCGGAGCUCGUCGAGUCGCUCUUUUACAUGUGGCGCUUUUCCCAUGACCCGAUGUAUCGCGAGUGGGGGUGGGAAAUCGUGCAGAACCUCGACAAGUACACCAAAGCCGAAGCAGGCUACUUCAGCCUGAAGUCCGUGCGCGAGAUCGUCACCCAAUUCGAGGAGGGCAUCAACAGUCCAUACCAAGUCGAUGCGAUCGAUGACUUGCAGCAGUCCUUCUUCCUGGCGGAAACCCUCAAGUACCUCUAUCUGCUCUUCUGCGACGACGACGUUGUUCCGCUGGAGAACUACGUCUUCAACACCGAAGCACACCCGCUCUCGAUCCGAGGUUUCGGCAGGCGGAAUCCAGACACAAAUGCGGAUUACAAGAUGAUCAAGAUCCCGUCAGAGCCACACAGGGGCCUGAUCCACCAUGGCGAUAGCGAGCCGAUCUGGUUGAACAAUCGCACCGUCGGACAAGUCGCCGAUGUCCAGCCGUACCUGGAGGGACGCACGAAGCUCCGCCAGGCCAUCGAGUAUCGGCGGAUCCAAGAGUAUCGCAUGAACUACUUGAAUUUCCCGGCGAAUAACGACACGACUUCCAAUCGCCCGAGCGUUCGUGGUAAAUCAAGUCCCUCAAAGCACCACAAGGGGCCUAAAGUCCAUUACAAAUCAAGCCGUCCCCGACAAAAGGGCAAGGCCCAUCGGGGCAAGAGCAAGCCUGGCCACGGAAAGGGACGCCAGCACGAUCGUCCGGGCAAGCGGCACGACAAGAGACAUGGCCAGCGCGAGGCCCAGCGCGAGGCCCAGCGCGAGGCCCAGCGCUACCCGGCCCCGCAGUUUGAAAUGGCCAGCAGCGAAUACUCGCAUGCGAAUCGCGCUAUGGAAGGGGACGACGAAGCUGUGGGUCUCGAGAGGCGGACCUACGGAUAUGACGCUCUGACACAAGACCCGCUUCCCACCUCGCCCCGCGACGCCGGCGAUGUGCAGGCCGUAACUAGCUACCCGCAACCAGCAAACGACGAUGCCGAUAGCCUUGGAGACGGGCCUGUCGAUGACUUGCAGGAUAACUGAUGAGAGUGUGUGCAAUGUGCGCUCUGAGUGAGCCGCCGCAUCGCUGCAGCAUCUUUGAAUUAUGACAGAGCCGCCCAGUGCGCUCUCGAUCGCCCUCCAUGCUCUCACACACUCUGCGUUUGGAAGGAUAUGACUGGCU